UUAAUUUAUCAUUUACAUUUUUAAAAUUACGAGUCUACACAAGUAAUUGCUUCAGUUUUUUUAAAUUUUUUUUUUUUAAAACAGGUUUCACAUAGUUUGCUUCAGAAUUUGAAUCACCAAAAAAACAAUGCUUCUGCCUUUUUCUGUAUAAACUAAUAUCUAAAACAACUAAAGAACGUAACAAAAGAAGAAUAAAAAUGAGUAAUACCAAUAAAUAAUAUUGGAAAAGAAAAAGAGGUGGCGUACUAAAAGUCAAACUUGCGUGUUCACACACACAUCCCACAAGUUUCAAAGUCUUGUCUUGAGAUGAUCUAUUUAUCAACCAAAGGAAAGAUAUCUUCUCUUCCAAUCCAGAGUGAAGACACUUUUGUCCGAAACAAAACUCACUAAACGAACACGACGUCGAUGAAAGCCGCCUCCUCCGUCGUUUUCCGGAAAGGAAUCGAAGAAAACAGAGACGACGAGGAAGAAGAAAAAGAAGAAGUCUGUAAUGUCUUCGACGCCGAGGUAGGUAGCCAGACUCAAACGACGUCGUCCCACGAAACCAAAAACAACCUCAAGGGUUUCUUCACUUCCUUGCUCCUGAUGGAGGAGCACGAGAAGCAGAACCAGGAAGCUCAAAACGCCGCUUCCCGCCGCGAAAUGUCCGAGCUCCAGUCCAAUUACCGGAAACGAGCCAGAACCAUGUCCGAUCACUACUCCGAUCUCACCGAUCACUACGCCGACGCCGUCGAUAUCAAUCGGAAGAAGUCACGCGCCUCACGCGCCGUCGUCGCUUCCGUCUCCGCCGCCGUCACGGAGACAGAGGCCGAGGGGAGCGAGAUAACCGGAUCCGGUUCGGUUCCCGGUGCGGGUCAGCAGAGGCGGUUAUGGGUGAAAGAUCGAAGCCGAGCGUGGUGGGAAGAGUGUAACCGCUCGGAUUAUCCGGAAGCCGAUUUCAAAAAAGCGUUUCGAAUGUCCAAAUCGACGUUCGAGUUAAUCUGCGAGGAGCUGAACGCGGCGGUCGCGAAAGAAGACACCGCGUUGAGAAACGCGAUUCCCGUGCGGCAGCGAGUCGCGGUUUGCGUUUGGAGGUUAGCCACGGGGGAGCCGCUCCGUCUCGUCUCCAAGAAGUUCGGUUUAGGAAUCUCCACGUGCCACAAGCUCGUCCUCGAGGUAUGUAAAGCGAUUAAAGAAGUUCUAAUGCCUAAGUACCUUCAAUGGCCUGAUGAUGAGUCUCUAAGAAACAUUAGAGAAACAUACGAAUCGAUUUCGGGUAUACCGAACGUUGUUGGGUCUAUGUAUACCACUCACAUUCCGAUCAUAGCUCCUAAGAUCAGUGUAGCUUCUUAUUUCAACAAGAGACAUACCGAGAGGAACCAAAAGACUUCGUACUCGAUCACAAUCCAAGCCGUUGUGAACCCAAACGGCGUGUUUACUGACUUGUGUAUAGGAUGGCCCGGGUCAAUGCCUGAUGAUAAGGUGUUGGAGAAGUCGUUGUUGUAUCAAAGAGCUAACAACGGAGGUCUUUUGAAAGGUUUGUGGGUCGCUGGUGGGGCCGGUCACCCGUUGUUAGACUGGGUCUUGGUUCCUUACACGCAGCAGAAUUUGACUUGGACGCAGCACGCGUUUAACGAGAAGAUGAGCGAGGUGCAGAGAGUAUCUAAGGAAGCGUUUGGGAGGUUGAAAGGACGGUGGGCGUGUCUGCAGAAGCGGACUGAAGUGAAGCUGCAAGAUUUGCCUACGGUCUUGGGCGCGUGCUGUGUGUUACACAACAUAUGUGAGAUCAGAGGGGAGAGGAUGGAGCCGGAGCUGAUGGUUGAAGUGGUUGAUGAUGUGGUUUUGCCUGAAAACGCGUUGAGAUCGGUUAAUGCGAUGAAGGCGAGAGAUACUAUCUCACAUAAUCUAUUGCAUCAUGGACUCGCGGGUACUUCUUUCCUAUAACUUAUGAUUAUGGAAAAUGUACUUAUAGUUUCUCCUCCAAUAAGCUAAACAGAACUCACUCUGAUUCUUUGGUUUAUGCAUAUUGUAUUGUACCUUUUAGGUCACAACUGUAACAAUAGAGGGAACUUAUAUGAUAUAUUAUAUAUACAUACUAUGAGCAAGAAUGUAUAAUAGCUCAAUGAGAAUUCAUUAUCUGGUA